GCUUCCAUCCCCUCAAAUGAUCAACCCGAAGCUGGCGGCCCUGCUACUUCAACCGCUACCGUUUAUUCUCGACCGCCGUCCGUUGAAGCUGGUCUGGAUACACUAGUGAAGCCCCUCGACCAAAGAUUGGAUGCACACGUCCAGGGGUGCCUACCAUACGCAACGUCACCCGCAUUUUCCCUUGUUCAAACUGCGCCAUGUGCAUCCCAGAAUGUCGUGGCCUACUACGACGAGUUGUACCCUGCAUGUGCCGCCGCGGAUCCUUCUCUUCUCGUCGCAGAUGAAACUGGCUCCACCAGCCCACCGCCGCCAUUCACGGAUAUCAUUGCGUUCCAUACGCCAGGUGCUCAGCCACCGCGCUAUACACUAAUCGAUCAGUUCCCAGAGUCGAGGCCUAUCACUCCUCCGCCCCCAUAUAUCCAUUCGUCUCAACCGAUCGCCCGCUCAAAACAUCAGGAGGUGCCAGCACAGGAGAAAACGCGACACGCUGUCGUGCGAUCGAUAUAUCGGUGGAAUCGUCCUUUCCAAUGUCAGGGCGUUACUAGCGUCGUACCAUCGCGAUCCCAAUGGUAACGGUGCGUCCCCAUGGUCUGCACCUGAUUUUGUGUUACACGGAGUUUGGACUGUGUCAUGAAUCUCGGUAUCGUCACUUAGCUCCUCCUAUCAUUAUCUGGCUUAUAUAUGUACUCGUACCAUGUUGAUCGUCCUACUAUUUUGCUGUCGAUGCUCUGUCGCAAUUUUGUUGUCUACCCAUCUGCUUUGCGUAAUUGUUUACCUCGUCUGUCACGUUUUCUUAGCUCUCGUACUGCUUUCGUCGCCUUAUACCCCAGCAUGUAUUGCUAGAUACCAAGCAACCUAUUUUGACGCUAUCUG